UACGGAAAUCUACGGGCUCGUUUGUAUAUAAGCUGAAAAUCAGAUAUAACGUUCGCGUAUUCGAGUGUUCGUGUUGUUCGUCGUAAAAUCGCUUCCUUGAACCAUUCUCCGCAACAAACAAGACAGAAUGAAGAGGUUCCUGUGCGUCGCCAUUUGUCUGACGAUCCUGACGGAGAUCCUACUGUUCGGCAAUGGUAAGCCGCUGCUACCGAAACCAUUGGUCCUCUCGGGGUUCAGCCUGGACUGGCCGUGUCAAAGCACGAAGAACAUAUACGAGACUAGCGGCCGAUACAUCUCGAGGAACGUGAUCGCCACCAGAGCGCAGAUAUUCGACGGCCAAGCGAUAUUGGCACUGCCGCGUUACAAACCGGGCGUGCCAUUUACAUUGGGUGUCCUCUCGUUGAAGUCGCACAGCUGCGAGCCAAAAAUCGCUCCGUUCCCCUGUUGGGCCAUUCAAGAAGAAGGGAACUGCCAGGCGUUGCAGAGCGCGGUGGACAUAGUAUUGGACAUUCAGCACAUCCUUUGGGUCCUCGAUGUGGGAAUCGUCAACACUCUGGAGCAGCCUGUUCGCAGAUGUCCACCGAAGGUUGUUGGAAUCAACGCCAAGAGCGGAAAGGUUGUGAAAGUGAUCGACUUAAGCUCCAUGGUAGAUAUCACAUCGCGGUUGCAAUAUAUGGCCGUCGACUACGCGGAGGAUGGUCAAGUUUAUGUGUACAUUUCUGACGCUGGUACCGGCGCCAUUAUCGUUUACAAUGUCACGACCGACGAGGGAUAUCGCGUGAUUCUACCGUCGGCCGUGGCGUCCAGCACGGAUAAACCUGAUGCUCUGUAUCUAGCGCUCGUUAGAAGGAAAAGCUGCGGGUCUACGGUCCUCUAUUUCACGUAUCUAGGUUCCAAUCGAAUGUUCGCGAUCAAGGCAGUGAAUCUGAGAGCAGGCAACGCGCAUGGUUCUAUAGUGGACAUUGGUAGAAAAAGGAAUAAGAUCGUAGUCUUGGGCACUGACAAUGGCUCCGCCAUCUUCUUCAGGCUUAAGGGCGAAUCCAACAUCUACAUGUGGAACACAGACACACCUUUCGUUCAGGACAACUUCCUUUUGGUCGAGAAGGCUGGAGAAUGUCGUCUACCGACCGCGGUCGUUCCUGGUUACAAAGAUCUAAUGUGGGUAAUCGAAAGUAACUUCCAAGAUUACAUCGAGAACUCUGUCAGCUGUUCCGGACCAUCAAUGGCCAUUCAUCCGUUGGUGAAUUCUUGCAGCGAGUGACAUUAAGAACCGAGAGCGAUGCGUUUCAUAGUACACGGUUCUCACACGAUUGUAACUUAAUUUCGUUAGCCUUUUGACAGUUAUAGAAUAUUGCUCGAAAGGUUAAUCUAGUCAUAAAACGCCUCCUCCGUACAGAAAUGAAUUGCUCUUCGAGGCAUAGUUGGGCAAAUGAUCGAUCUCAACGAUUAACGAUGAAAUUCU